UAGAUUUUUUUUCAAAUUUGUUUUUCGAUAUAAAUUCAUUUUUGGCAGUUUGGACACUGUGUGAUACAGUCAACUAAUCUCAUGGAAAAAGUGCUAUAUGUACAUGUAAAUAUUAUUAAAAAUAGCUUUAAUUGAUUGUAAUACACAUAUUGACGAAAGCAGAAGUAGCGAACAAUUUUUGUUAAGCUUUUUAAAAUAAUUGCACUUGUGUUCUGAAUGUUUUCUGGUAGCUCUGUGCAAUUGAAUGCAUAAACGAGAAAAUAGUUAAAACGUACAAAACAAUAAACACUGGUUGAAUACUGCGUCAUAAAGUACGAAAAAAUCUUUAAAGAACUAUACUACAAAAAUUUCAUUACCAAUGCUAAAAAGAAACAAUGUUGGAUAUCGAAACAGAAAAAGAUGUGUUUAAAAUCUUUUUGAAUGUGCAGUCUAAAUUAUUUUCAGUGACUAACUGGAUUAGUGAAAAUGAAGUUGUAACGAAAUUAUUUCCUUUAUUUUGCGGUUUAGUUUUUGGAAUAUUUUCGUUUAUUAUGGUGUACAUAGAUAGCAAUAUUCCCGGCGUAUGUCCACCUAUACCAUUUAAAUCAAAUUCAGAAUGUCUAAACAAAAAGCAAAAAUCCAAUCCAAUAAGUUUAUCUUAUUUGAUGUCUUUCUUUGGCGGCGUUAUUGUUAGUUUGUUGAUGUACUAUGAUAUCUAAGUAAUUAUUUUUAAUUUAAUUAGUAAUUAGUACAGUAUUAUUUAAAUUAAUCUUGAAGUAACUAAUUUUUACUUGUUUAAUUAAUUUACCUUACUGAUGAGUCAAAAUAUUGAAGUGAUUAUUGUUAACUUAC